AUGUUCCUACUAUCGCUGCUUGUCUCAGAUGCCGGAUCAAAACUUGUGCUGGUUUGCAGUGAUGUUGUACUGGAAGGAGAUGUGACCGUAGAAGACAAUUCGCCAUCAGCGCUUGAUGAUGGUUUAGCGGUCGAUGUGUCUAUCAAAGAUGUGCUAGCCGUCAAAGCCAGUGUCGAUGACGAAGCAGAAUUAGACGUAUCGCUUUCCAAACUCGCUGACAAGGAGAAAAUUGAGGUACUCGCCGUAUCUGUAUUCGCAGAGGUGAGUGUGCUGCUCAAAGAUUCAGUCCCGGAACUUAAGCUGGGAGAUGGUGCUGAUUCUGAAGACAAAGGAGAUGAGAUGACGGAUGGAUUUGAGCUUGAUUCAAGAUUCUCAGUGUUGGUUUUAGUACUGGCAUUAGGUAUUGAAUUUGUUGAAAUAGUUUCAAUGGUGUCAGAUAUGGACAUCGUUGACGCAAUUCCAGUACUGCUCGACAGGGGGAUUAUCGUUGGUAUUUCACUGCUUCCAGAUGAUAAAGUCAUCGAGCUGGAUGGGGAAGAUGCGGUCGAUGUACCUGCACUGUUCUGGGAGGCGUCAUUGAGUUGGCUAGAGGUAAAAGUCAUCGCUGUGCUGGAGAGGCCAACGACUGUUGAUGAAUCCGACAAGGUUGCUGACUGUGGUCCGGUUACUUCUGAAGAGGAGGUUGAAGAUGCAUCGCCUGGCUGUGAGCUUGUGGUCGCCGUGAAUUGCAGUGACGAAGAGCCUGAAGACAACGUUGCUGAGUCUGCUCCAACCGGCGGUGAGCUUGUGACCGGUGUGAGUCCAGGUGAUGAUGAUGAAGAUUCCGAAGAAGAGGUGGCUGAACCCGGAGAGUUUUGA